UCCCCCUCCACACGCUCGGUUUGCUCUUUCCCUCCCUCUUUCUCUCUUCACCACCAACUCAACCCACUGCCUCUUCCCCCUCCGCUGCGCACCUCCAGAAGCCACUGCAGUGAGCCCGUCAUCCGUCGACUGAAACACCGACAACCAAAUCCCAGCGACUCGCCAUAACGCUCGUCGACUCCGGUCCGAAAAACGCCCUGCCACAACCGCGCGGAGUCCACCGGGCCCAGCUGAUUCCGUGAGUUUCUGCACAAGGCGAAGACGACCCGACCGACAAAAUGGGAAACGAGGCGAGUUAUCCCUUGGAGAUGUGCUCACACUUUGAUGCUGAUGAGAUUAAAAGACUAGGAAAGAGGUUUAAGAAACUUGACCUGGAUAACUCGGGGUCUCUCAGCGUGGAGGAGUUCAUGUCUCUACCAGAGUUGCAGCAGAACCCGUUGGUCCAACGAGUCAUCGAUAUAUUCGACACGGAUGGAAACGGGGAAGUGGACUUUAAAGAGUUCAUCGAGGGCGUCUCGCAGUUCAGCGUCAAGGGCGACAAAGAGCAGAAGCUUCGCUUUGCGUUCAGGAUUUAUGACAUGGAUAAGGACGGUUACAUAUCCAACGGUGAGCUGUUCCAAGUGCUAAAGAUGAUGGUGGGGAACAACCUGAAGGACACUCAGCUGCAGCAGAUCGUCGAUAAAACCAUCAUCAACGCAGACAAGGAUGGAGAUGGAAGGAUAUCCUUCGAGGAAUUCUGUGCUGUUGUCGGCGGCUUAGACAUUCACAAAAAGAUGGUGGUGGACGUGUGAGGAGACAGAAGGCUCGCUUCACUGAACAUCCUCAUUCACUUCUCCAUUUCUGAGAAUCAGCUCCGCUAACACGCUUUCUCUCUCUGUCUCUCUCUCUGUCUCUCUCUUUUAAUGGAAGUAUUUCUCUGAAUGAUGCCUCUGUUCCCUGUUUAUACUCCCUGAGCCUUGUAACGCCUGCCAUUCUAAGUGUUAUAGAGCAUGAGAUUCUUCUAUCCAAAUUCUCGGGUAUUUAAGGACAGUUAGAGAGAUGACUUCUCUGUCCAUCACCGAGCGAUUCAGUUUGGUGGAGAAGGAAGAGAGGAGUGUGUGUGUGUUUGUGUGUAUGCGUUAUCAUUUGUGUGAUUGUGUAUGUAAGUGUACAUUUGUUUUUGUUUCAGUUAGGGGGGAUUUUUUUGUAUUUAUUUUGGUCCUGUCUUUUUUAAAGAUGAUCUCCAGGUAAUAUGUGUAUAUGACCUGACACACUUGAUCUCAGUGCAACACGCUUCAAGCAUGAAGUGCCAAUCACGACGUGUAUGUGAGAUUUAACAAAAGCUGAAUAUUUAAAUGGCUGAUUUAUAUUGAAAAAUACACAUCAACACAAGUCUAUUAAAAGGCUUUUUCCACUUGUUUUACGCAAACAUUAUUUUGAUUUGCUUCAUAUGUCUUGGAAAAUGCAAAUUUCAAAUUUUCUAUGGAGAAUGCUGUGUAUGUAUGUAUGUAUGUAUAAGUGUGUUGUUAAUAUUGUCAGGGAGUUCAAUUGAAGUCUUUUGCUUUCUGAUAUAAUAUUAGACUAGAAAAAGAGCAAAUAUAUUCAAAGUCGUGCACAUAUAUGGUUUACUUUUAAGAUGGGUGUGUUAUUGUUUGUGUAGGGGGGUGUUGGACAGGGCGGUUGGGGGGGAGAUAAAAUCACACCACGUUACUAUAGGAUGGAUCCGUGCCAUCUGUCAAUUUCUCAACUUUUAUGCGUAUUCUGAAUUUAUCACAUUUUAACACAGCGAGAAAAUAAUAUUAUUUUACCUCUCAACCUUAAAGUCACAUAUAUAUACAACAUCACAAUAACACCCGAUUUGAAAAUCUACUGCGGGCAGCAUUGUAAAGAUCUUAGUAGCUCAUAUUUGUAUAUUAGGGAUUGAUGGACAGAUUGUGUGUUUUGUGGGUUCGGGUGUUUUUUUAAGCUUUAAAUCGAGCAUGUCAUCGAGUUUAAUCGACAAGUGAUCACAAAGUAGGCAAAACGAGGUUUAAAAUACCUGAGCGUCCAGAGUCUCUUUUCCCUUCAUCAUUUCAAAGGUUGAUUCAAACAGUGUGAUUUGAUCGUUUCAUAAAAGGGAGACCGAACUAAACGCCGUCGACAUGGAUUAAUAAACUUCGCGGCGUUUUGCCACGCGCGCUAUUUGCUUUACGUGUGAUUCUUCCCGCGCGAUCAGGCGUUUGGCGCCAACUGCUGCACGGUGACGCUCUUUAAUGUCUUUCCCAAAGACCCUCGUGGUCUUGUGAUGUGCUUGCAUGAUACAGGAGGGUUCUCGCCCUCUUUUCUUUCUGUUGUGCAUGUAGAUCUGGUUUUCGGGGAAAGAGAUUAUCUUGUUUACAUAUGAAUCGUACUAUUGAGAUAUUAUAUAAUCUGAAUGACAGUUACAUACACGUAUAUGGACGUUGCCAAACCUUUUGGUAAAUGCUUAAACAUGGAAAUGAUUUUAAAGCGAGUUUCUUCACUACAUUUAUCUAUUAUUAUUAAUAUUAUUAUGAAAGAAAAAUAAUAAAAAUAAAUGUGUGGGUUAUUCUUGGAUUGGUGUCGGUCACUCCCAGCGAAGCUCAGUUUUUUUCCUCUGAUUCUGAUAUUGUUAAAAAGAGGGAGUUUUUUUUAUUAUUUUCUCUUUCAUUUUCCUUUAUGAUUUCAUUAUUUUGUACAGGAUAAUGUGUUAGUGCUCUCUGUUUUGUAUUGCUUUAGCUGGGCAGUCAGACAGCCAUCUAACUUAGGUGUGGUGUCGAUGGGAGAGCGUGUUGGGAAGUGAAAAUGUUUCGCUUUUAUGUUUUUUUUGUUUGUUUGUUUCUUCGUUUCUCUGCAUGCUGCGUUAUAUGCUGUGGGAUUCAUUGAAAUGUCAUUCAUGAAAAUGAGAAAUAAAUAAUAUUUGAGACUUGUAAAA